AUGUCUCGUGUAUCUCAACCUGAAUUAAAGAAAUUCAUGGACAGACGAUGUUUCCUUAACCUCCAAGGUGGUAGACAAGUAUCAGGCGUGUUGAGGGGUUUCGACAUGUUCUUGAACUUGGUGGUGGAUCAGGCGCAUGAGGAAUUGGGUGGGGGUCAGAGAAAACCCUGUGGGAUGAUUGUAAUCCGAGGAAACUCAGUAUCGUCGAUGGAAUUACUGGAUAGUAUGAAAGUGUAG